AAUUUCAUUUUGGCCAGAAAGCAUGAUUUCUUUUGAGACUUGCUUUGUAGCCUAAAUCCUGAAUUUUUAUAAAUGAUUUCAGGACUACUUCAAAAUUUUCUGUUCUCUGUUAGGUCUAGGGUUCUCUGUGUGUUUGUUAGGUCAAAUCUGUUAAUUGUGUCGGUUGAGUUUCUUACUAAUUUUUUGUCUACCUGAUCUACCGAUUCUGAGAGGUAAAGUCUCCCCAGACGGAGGACUUGGUCUGUCCCUCCUUCCUGUCUCGCCCUGCUGCUGCCUGCGUGUGGAAGCUGUGGAUUGGCUGCGCAUGGAUUUGCAGUUAGGUGUCCUGAUGCGUUUUUCCUUUGUCGUUAUGUUGUUUACCUGCUGAUGUUUUUUGCCUUGAAGUGUGCUUUGGAACUAGCGUCGGCCAGUUUCUCCGUGGUUAGUAUUUGCCUCUGAACGGCAGUCCUCUCCCGUGUGCUUUAGGUGUCUUUCUCAUCAGUAACCUAUUGGGUUAGGGUCAUGCUUCACCCAUUCCAGCACCUGUCCUUGGUCUGGCGGGAUGGUUGCGGGGGUGCUUCCUGGGGAUCCCUGAUACGGAGAGAGGAUGUGGUUUUACCAUCCUCGUAUCCUCCAGGCCCAGGCUCUUCCUGUCAUCCUUUUUCCUGCGUCGUCCCCAAACUGCUCCAUGCACGCGUCCACCGCCCAGCGUGUUCCUGUGCACGGGGGGCUGUGGGCUGUGCUCCCCGCCGCAGAACACUGCUCUUAAGCUGCGUGCACCCUGCAGCCCGGGGCAGCCCUGCACCUCCUCCUCUGUGCCCAGGGCCCAGGUGGGAGUGUUUGGGGUGAGUGACCGGCAGGGCGGCCCUGGACCAGGCUUACCCAGCAGAUCUGGUCAGGCAGAAUCUCGCGGAUGUGAAUUGGCUGCUUCUGCCUUUUGCACACUUUCUUCUGGAGCUGCUGGCUGACUGUUCAGUGUGCAGGAGCCCUCAUGGACCCCAGGGCUCAGCUCCUCACCAGUGCCCCCAGCAUGCCUACUGACUGGUCCCUGGUGUCCUUAAUUUUGACGCAACCAAAUUUGCCAUUAUUUUCGCCUUAUGGUUUGUUUUCUUUUUCUUUUUUUUUUUAUAAUAAAUUUGUUUAUUUUUGGCUGCGUUGGGUCUUCGUUGCUGUGCACGGGUUUCUCAAGUUGCGGCGAGGUGAGCGGGGACUACUUUUCAUCAUGGUGCGCGGGCUUCUCGUUGCAGUGGCUUCUCUUGUUGCAUAGCACGGGCUCUAGGCGCACGGGCUUCAGUAGUUGCGGCGUGCAGGCUCAGUAGUUGUGGCUUGCGGGCUCUAGAGCGCAGGCUCAGUAGUUGUGGCUCACGGGCUUAGUUGCUCCGCGGCAUGUGGGAUCUUCCCGGACCAGGGCUCGAACCCGUGUCCCCUGCAUUGGCAGGCAGAUUCUCAACCACUGCGCCACCAGGGAAGCCCGUGGUUUGUUUUUAAUGUUUUGCUUAGAAAGUUCUUUCUUGGCCUAGGCCCAGAGGUAUUCGCUUAUAUGUCUUGUGUUAACUUUAUAGUUUUCUCUUCCACGUGGAGGCCUAGGUCUGCCUCGUGCCGCCUUCGUGUGGGGCCAGAAGGGUCCUCGUUCUGUCUCCUCCCCGGCCCGCCCACGCCACACGCCACCGUCUCUCCCUGCCGCGCCGUCAGUCUGCUGUCUCGGCACCACCCGAGCCUCGUGUGUGCUAGGAAGCGCCCCUGUCUCCUCUUUGUAUUUAAGAGCAUCUUAGCUAGUUGUGGGCUUCUCUUCUAUCAUUUAAGUCCUAGAGUUCAAAUUCCUCAGAAAACCCAGGUGGCUAUUGCAUGGACUACAGUAUAGUGUAAACAUAACUUUUGUUUGCACUGAGAUGCCAGAACGUUCACGUGACUGGCUUUAUUGUAGUGGUCUGGGACUAAACCUGCAGUACCUCUGAGGUUCACCAGUAGUUUGAGCUCAGAAAAUAUAUCUGCUGCAAAACUGUGUGGGAAUGGAGAUCUUACCUCUUGUUUUAAUUUUUGUGGCACGGGAAGGAGAUGAUAAAACAACCUGAUUAUUAUUUGUGACUCAGACGUUCACUGUCAUCAAGAUGACUCUACUGCAGUCUUGGUAUCUCAUGUAAGCUCUGUUUGCCUUAUAAUUUUAGGUUGAAUUCAUUGAGAAACAUUCUCAAAUCUGAAAAAAACCCUCACAUUCAAUGUUUGAUGAUAGUGGUCGAGUAGAGGUUUUUCUCAAACAGAAAUUUCAGUCUAGGUUGUGAGUUUUUUAAAAAACUGCAGUAAAACUUUCCCCUUUCAAGCUGUUAAACUGUUGUGUAGUAGGUCAAGUCGGGAUAUUUCGCUUCUAUUUCUGACAAAAAUCCAUGGAACUGGUGAUGGCAAAGUCCAGGAGAGCAGAGGAAGUUCUCAGCCGACGCUGCUGUCUCAUGACUCGUGAUGGGUUUGGUGUGUUCUGCAGAGCACCUGCCAGUGAAGGGUACGGUGCGUACCCUUAAACACCCACCCUGUGCGGGCCUUGUGGGUUCCCAGCUGACCCUCUUCUGACACGCGUGUUUUAGCAUGAUCAGUUGUUAACACAUCUUAGCAGAUUCCACUUCAGGUUGGACUGAAUUAGGUGUUUUCUCAGCUUCUUUGGCAGUAAUUUCAGCUGUAGUUGCUCCACAGAGAUGAUUCAUAGAGGCCAAUUCCUCAGUCACUUCAAACGCAGGGUUGACUGCUUGAGUGAAGUAGCAGCUGCAGAGCAGUGUCAGGAACGUGCGGCCGUCCGGAGCCCAGGGACCCUCUGGUCCUUGGCUGCUGCUCUCACUGUCUCCUUGACUCUUCAAGACUCUGUCUGUGCCAAGAGGCUGAUAGUCUGAAGCAGGUUUAUUUGCUCUGGACACAUAACUUCAGCUGCUGCAGUCAACACAAUUUAAUAAACUCAUCAUUGGUGAACAGCAUUCCUUGCUUUCCUUGCUUGGCUAACAAAUGAGCCACUUGGGAGCUUACUUGGUGUAAGGGUCCUUUUCAUUUUCACUCUGUGAAGUAAUUCUGCUGCGAUGAGAUUUCCAUUUUGGGCUCUGACUGUUGUGCACAUUGGGACAUUGCAGUGCUUCCAGCAGGGCUGUGUGUCCUACCGACCCAGCAGCAAAGAGCCCACAUGGCCACUCUGGUGCAUCUCUGCGGGACAGUGUGUCUGGCGCUUUCCGCCGCCGCCCAGCCAGAGCCCGAGACCCGCGCGUCCUCAUCGGUGCAGGAAGGCGGAGGAGAAGCCUGAGCUUCUGUUUGGCUUUGGCUGGAAAAGAAUUUAGCCUAUAUGUACUGCUUUAACCCCUGGACGAAUGACAGAUGACAAAGAUGUGCUUCGAGAUGUGUGGUUUGGACGAAUUCCAACUUGCUUCACCCUCUAUCAGGAUGAGAUAACUGAACGGGAGGCAGAACCAUAUUAUUUGCUUUUGCCAAGAGUUAGUUAUUUGACGUUGGUAACUGACAAAGUGAAAAAGCACUUUGAGAAGGUUAUGAGACAAGAAGACAUUAGUGAGAUAUUGUUUGAAUACGAAGGCACACCACUGAAAUGGCAUUAUCCAAUUGGUUUGCUCUUUGAUCUUCUUGCAUCAAGUUCAGCUCUUCCUUGGAACAUCACAGUACAUUUUAAGAGUUUUCCAGAAAAGGACCUUCUGCACUGUCCAUCUAAGGAUGUAAUUGAAGCUCAUUUUAUGUCUUGUGUGAAAGAAGCGGAUGCUUUAAAGCACAAAAGUCAAGUGAUCAAUGAAAUGCAGAAAAAAGAUCACAAGCAGCUCUGGAUGGGUUUACAAAAUGACAGAUUUGACCAGUUUUGGGCCAUCAAUCAGAAACUCAUGGAAUAUCCUGCAGAGGAAAAUGGAUUUCGUUACAUCCCUUUUAGAAUAUACCAGACAACAACUGAAUGGCCUUUCAUUCGGCAGCUUUUUCGUCCUGUGGCUACAGAUGGCCAAUUGCAUACACUAGGAGAUCUCCUCAAAGAAGUCUGUCCUUCUGCAGUUGCUCCUGAAGAUGGGGAAAAAAAGAAUCAAGUGAUGAUUCAUGGAAUUGAACCAGUGUUGGAAACAGCUUUGCAGUGGCUGAGGGAACAUCUGAGCCACCCGGAUAAUUUUCUUCAUAUUCGUAUCAUCCCGCAACCAGCAGAUUGAGGGAUCAACCAUUUGCUUGAACGGAAUCACCCUUAAACAGGAUUUACCCGAGCAUGUCACCUUUCUGCUUCAGUCAGGUUUGGUGGAGGCAACCUGACCAGAAACACUGCUACAAGCCAAACAGGAAAAAGAUUCCAUGUCAGAUAAGGGCACUUGGGCUGGUCUUACUUUGCAUCACCACUGCUUUCCUCCGCUGCCGUCGUUAAACCUCAGCUGCGACAUGAAAGACUUUACAGGACCACUGCAAGUCUUCUGUUUUCUUGUAAAAUAUAAUGAAGCUGAAGCCUUUGGCCUAAGAAGAAAAUGGAAAUAUGUGCCCCUCAAUUUGUAUUUCUGAUUAACAAAUAAACAGGGGUAUUUCCUAAGGUGACCAUGGUUGAACUUCAGCUUGAGGGAGUGGAAACACUGGUUUAAUUUUCAAGAGAAUUAGACUUAAGAAAGUAAAAGAGAAAUUCUGUUAUCAAUAACUUUCAGUAAUUGUUUGUAAAAGAUCAAAUUACAGUAAACCCACCUUUCCUUAAUGAAAAUUUCCUACGUUUACAGUCUGUCUAUUUGUAUGUAAUCUUGUAACUUUGAUAGUGAACAGUGAGAGAUUUUUAAA